AUGUCUAAGUGGUUUCGCUUUCUGAAGCGCGAUCAGCAGCUGGAUGUGUACUUCUUCGCAGUGCCCCGUCUGAGUUUGAAUAUAAUGGGCUAUUGGCCCAUUGGGGAUAAAUUGCCCAGGAGAGCGCUGAUUCACUUCGUGAUCCUGGCCAUCGGCGUGGCGACGGAACUGCAUGCUGGGAUGCGUUGUCUAGGCCAACAGCAGAUUACCUUGGCACUGGAGACCCUCUGUCCAGCUGGAACCUCGGCGGUCACGCUGCUCAAGAUGUUCCUCAUGCUGCGCUUUCGCCAGGAUCUAUCGACCAUGUGGCACCGCCUGAGGUGCCUGCUUUUCGAUCCCAACUGGAGGCAGUCCGAGCAGCGGGACAUCCGGUUGAGGUGCUCGGCCAUGGCGGCCCGCAUCAACUUCUGGCCCCUGUCGGCCGGAUUCUUCACCUGCACCACCUACAACCUGAAGCCGGUCCUGAUCGCAUUGGUCCUGUGGCUCCAGAAUCGUUGCGAGGACUUCGUCUGGUUCACGCCCUUCAAUAUGACAAUGCCCCAAGUGCUGCUCAGCUCUCCUUUCUUUCCCCUGACCUACAUAUUUACUGCCUACACGGGCUAUGUGACCAUCUUUAUGUUUGGCGGCUGUGAUGGCUUCUAUUUCGAGUUCUGCGCUCACUUAUCGGCGCUUUUCGAAGUGCUCCAGGCGGAGAUAGAAUCAAUCUUUAGGCCCUACAGCGAUCAUCUGGAUCUGUCGCCAGUGCAGCUGUAUACGUUGGAGCGGAAAAUGCGUUCGGUAAUCAUCAGGCACAAUGCCAUCAUCAAUUUGGCCAGAUUUUUCCGGGAGCGCUACACCAUUAUCACCCUGGCCCAUUUCGUUUCCGCCGCCAUGGUGAUUGGAUUCAGCAUGGUCAAUCUCCUCGCGAUGGGCAAUAAUGGGCUGGGAGCCCUGCUCUACGUGGCCUAUACCAUCGCCGCCUUGAGCCAACUGCUGGUUUACUGCUAUGGCGGCACUCUGGUGGCCGAAAGUAGCACGGAGUUGUGCCGAACUAUGUUCGCCUGUCCGUGGCAGCUCUUCAAGCCCCAACAACGUCGACUUGUGCAGCUCCUGAUCCUCAGAUCCCAGCGUCCCAUUUCCAUGGCAGUGCCAUUCUUUUCCCCUUCGUUGGCCACCUUCGCUGCGAUACUUCACACUUCGGGGUCUAUUAUUGCGCUGGUCAAGUCCUUUCAGUAAAUUUGUAAUUUCCCC